AUGGCGGCCCCAGAAAUCCACCUCUUUCCAGCCAAAAGGGACUGUGAUGACUUAACCCAGGCCAAGGGCAACAACACCUCUAACCUUUCCAUUGAUUCAGAAGGAAUAGUCGUCAAUGGAGAAUCGCCGAUUGUGUAUCAUUACAUGACUUUCGAAACCCCGCUUCCCACACCGUCAUGCUUGGUAUCUACAAUACCCUCCGCCCCGCCAGCACCACCCCAACCAGACCUCAAGAAAUACACCUCUCCCUUCCAUUGGCCCGAGAGCCGCAAGAGCUUCAUAGUAUGGCUCAGUUGUAUAGCCACGCUCUUCACAGCUUAUUCCGCAGGCGCCUACUCCCCCGCCGCACAACGCAUGUCGGCCGAAUGGCACGUUAGCGAAGUCGCCAUAUUAGUAGGCACCACUACAUUCUGCUUUGGCUUUGCCAUAGCUCCAAUGCUCCUGGCACCCUUCUCGGAAAUCAACGGACGGUAUCCCGUGUUUGCGGGCGCCGGGAUACUGUUUUUUGUCUGCCAGAUUUGCUGUGCCGUUACACGUUCCUAUCCUGGGAUGCUGGUUGCCAGGUUUUUUGUUGGAUGUGGAAGCUCUGUCUUCUCGACUAUGGUUGGGGGUGUUGUUAGUGAUCUCUAUCAUGCGGAGAAUCGAAAUACGCCUAUGGCUCUGUUUUCUGGCGGAGUCUUGUUUGGGACUGGCUUGGGGCCAUUGGUUAGCGGGUUCAUUGUCCACAACACUUCUUGGAGAUGCUUAGUUGUCGGCUCCGUAAUCAUACUCUUUCGCGAGACGCGAGGCUCAAUCCUGCUCUCCCGCAAAGCACGAUGUCUCAACACCUGGUACGAGCAACGCGAAGCCCUGGGCUACAUCGGCUUCGAUAUGCCCACCGCGUCAGAGAAAACGCAGAGCCAACGCAUAAGAUGGAAAGUGAAAACUGACGAGGAGCGCGAAUCCAUCACGAAAAUGAUCACCAUCUCCGUCUACCGUCCUUUCCACUUACUAGUCACCGAACCAGUGGUCUUCUUCUUCUCGCUGUGGGUAGCGUUCUCGUGGGCGGUGCUGUAUUUGACAUUCGGUGCUGUACCCUUGGUGUUCGCACGCUCGCACGGCUUCACUUUGCAAGAAUCCAACGCCGUGUUUGGAGCUAUGUGCACAGCAGCAGUCAUCUCGACAAUCCUAUCCAUAUACCAAGACCGCAUCCUCGGUCACUACCUCGCCGCUUCCGGCAAAAACAUCCAGAAUCCAGGACGCAUACGAAGGAGUAUCGAUCUCUCUUGUCCAGAAGGAAGACUGUAUUUCGCUUGUAUCGAGUCUGUGCUCCUCCCCAUUGGCCUCUUCUGGUUCGGAUGGACGCAGUUCCAUUCCAUUCCUUGGAUUGUCCCCGCGCUGGCUGUCGGCUGUGCGACUAUGGGCAUUUAUUCCAUCUACCUAGCCACCUUCAACUACCUCGCCGAUACCUACCAUCGAUACGCAAGUUCUGCUCUCGCCGCCCAAUCCUUCUGCCGCAACAUCCUCGGGGGUAUUUUCCCCCUCGUCACCGUAGCCAUGUUCAACAACCUCACAUUCCAAGGCGCAGCCAGUCUACUCGGCGGACUAGGAGCGCUGUUGACCAUCGUCCCAUGGGUAUUGGUAUUCUACGGCCCAAAGAUUCGCGCGCGGUCGAGGUUUGCCGCAGAGAUUUUGUAG